AUGUUGGUACCCGGACAGACACCUCUAUUUGGUAGUUUUUCCCUCACUGAGUUAAGUCAUGGUAGUAAUGUAAAAAAUAUGAGAACCACUGCGACCUUUGACCCAGAAACAAAGGAUUUCAUUUUAAAUACGCCAGACAUUGAGGCUACCAAGAUAUGGAUGGGUAAUGUCGGUAAAACAGCUACUCACUCAAUAGUUUACGCACAGCUGUAUACGGCCGAUGGCAAAUGUCAUGGUUUGCAUAUGUUUGUUGUACAAAUACGUGAUACAAAAACUUUGCUUCCUCUGCCUGGCAUAAUGGUUGGAGAUAUUGGACACAAAUUGGGUCUGAAUGGUCUUGAUAAUGGAUUUUUAAUGUUUAACAAUGUUCGUAUUCCGCGUCAGAGUUUACUGAACAAGACUGGUGAUGUCACAAGUGCAGGGAAAUACACCACGCCAUUUUCGGAUCCUGACAAGAAAUUUGGAGCAUCGCUGGGAACUUUAUCUGGCGGUCGUGUUGGUAUUGUAAGCGUAUGCACAGGUAAUAUGAAACUAUGUGUUUCCAUAGCAAUGCGUUAUUCUGCUGCAAGAAAACAAUUUGGACCAACAAAUGACAAAGAAAUACCAGUACUAGAAUACCAAUUACAGCAAUGGCGUCUGAUACCAUAUCUGGCGGCUACGUAUGCAAUAGAAAUUUUCUCCAAACAAUUCAUGAAGUAUUUUAUAGAAUUGAAUAUUGGUACUUUACUUGGAUCUGAUACACUGGAUAUGGCUGAAUUUGGUAAAGAAUUGCAUGCUGUGGCAUGUAGUGGUAAAUCUCUGUCAUCGUGGUUGGCGAGAGACGCUGUACAGGAAUGCCGAGAAGCGUGUGGUGGACAUGGAUAUUUGAGUGAUGUCCAAAUUACAGCACCAAUGAAAACUGUGAAUUUUCUCAAUGAUGCUGAUAGAAUUCUUAAGUGGAAAUUCCAAGCCACGACAACUGUACAGUGUUAUGAUGCAGCUAUUUCGCUUGCUGCAUACAAAUGGCUGGUCUGCUAUCAACUCAAGGAAAGUGCUGAUAAACUAAAUAAAGAAUCCUCCAGCGGUAAAGAUGGAUUCGCAGCUCGUAACGACAGUCAGGCAUACUAUGCAAGAUCCUUAGCUCUUAUGUUUAUCGAGCAUACUGUAUUGCAGUGGUUUUAUGAUUGUGUUAAUGAUCCUGCAGUUCCACCUGGUUUGGCACCGGUGCUCAAAAAAUUAUGUGCUCUAUACGGUUUAUGGAGUCUGGAAAAACACAUGGCUACUUUGUAUCAAGGUGGAUACAUGAGUGGUCGUGACCCAGCUCGUCUGAUAAGAGAAGCCAUUGUCCAAUUAUGCCGUAUUUUAAAGGAUGAUGCUGUGGCGUUGGUGGACGUCAUUGCUCCUCGAGAUUUCAUUUUGAACUCGGCAUUAGGAAAAGCCGAUGGAGAGAUUUACAAAAAUAUUUUCAGCGCUAUUAUGAAAACACCUAAGGUUAUGGAACGACCUGAUUGGUGGAGAGAAUUCUGCAACAAACCAGUCCAAGGCUUACUUCGUGGAAAACUGUAA